CGCUGCGUUCGCGAUCAGCCUCCUUCCAGGUGUGCUCUCAUGACCGACACGCAGCCAGCAUGCCAGGUGGCAAGCCCACGUGGGAUACGCCGCUCUAUGAGUAAGCCCUUCGCGCGCCGGAGAGAGACGCUUCGCGAGCGGACUUGUCCUGCCGCUGACGAUGAGGAGACAUCUGGCCCUUCUGGCAACCGGCGGAUACGCCACACAUUGUCGCGGCCGUUCUGGAACAACAAGGGCAGGAAGCAGUGCGUGAGCCGAACCGUGCCGCCGUAUGAGGACUGUGCGCCGCCACCGCCACCGCUCUCUCCGUACGCGCUGCCGCUCUCUCCGCAGCGGACACUCGCCGCAGGCCCUCCACCGCCAGAGACAGUGGCGCAGACGCCGCCUCAAUCCGAGCCGCCUUCGUCGCCACAGCCCGAUGUGACGCAGACGCCUCAGUCCGAGCCGCCUUGCUCGCCGCCGCCCGAGGGGGCACCUACGCACAAGCGGACGCGCAGCGUCGCAAAGAGCAAGCCAUUUUGGGAGAUCAAGAUGGACAAGGCCGCACGUCAGUCGUCGGGCAGCCUCAGCGCCCACUCCAACCGCGGCAGCUUGGCCGGGCCGCCACUCUCUGAUCUCGAGAGGCCCGUCCCGUAUUCGGCCGACGGCGGAGAGGCCAGCCGCGAGGUCAGGGAGGCCGAGUCCCUCGAGCGAUCUCCGCCCUGCGAGGGUGCCCUCCCCACCACGGUGCCCUCCUUCGGCGACGCGCAGCGCCUCGUCGCGGGAAAGAGCGCCGCCGGCACGACGCCAGUCCUGGCCGCCGGCACGACGCCCGUCCUGGUCUGCGACCCGGAGGUGUCGCUGUCCGAGUGGGAGGCCCGGGUGCUUGGCAUGGUGGAGAAGGAGGCGGGCGAGCGAGGCGCGGCCCUCCAAGCAGCACUGCCCUGCAUCGAGCGCCCCUCCAGCAUCGACGUGCGGGAGCUGAUCGCGAGGUUCGAGCACAUCACGGCGGCGGAAGAGAGAGGGGACCGAUCGGCGAUGCAGCGCAGAGACGCUGCAGGCGGCUGGCCGUGCUUGGACUGCUUCAAGACGGCGAAUCAGAGCCCUCCGGUCCUGUGAGUGCGAGAGCUCUGCCGCAGGAUUUGCUCCCCUCCUCAGCUUGGCCGUUGGCCGCACACAGUCACAGAUUCCCUUUCCCUCUCUCUCUUUCUCUCUCCAUCUCUCGGUCUCGCGCACACAGCUCCCAGCAUAGCCAGCGGUCCCUCUCAGAAGCAGCGCACGUCCCGCUGGGUUUCCGCUGUCGAGGCGCGGACAGCUAUACUCAUUCCGAAAGCAUUCCGCCCCAUGUAAAGCCGUAGCCCCCAUUGCAACCUCCCCCCAAAAUCGAUAGAGAUUUUGAUAGAAUCACACCGAUAGAAAUAGAUCUUAUCGAUCCUCUCCAGCUCCACACAGCACACUCCCGCCGGGCGGCGGGCGCGUGGGGGCGAAGGCCGAAGUCAGAGAUAAUUCUUUCGAUUCCUCUCUGUUGGACCGUAUAAAACGUCGCGUUGCAAU